GGCCGGACGUGACGCAGGGAGAGUUCCGGCUUCGGCCUCCGCCACAGCCUCCGCUGCUACAGCCGUCGGCGUUGCUACCGCUACCGCAACCGCGGCUUGUUAUUCCUAAAAUGGCGCCGCUAGACCUGGACAAGUAUGUGGAGAUAGCGCGGCUGUGCAAGUACCUGCCAGAGAACGACCUGAAGCGGCUAUGUGACUAUGUGUGUGAUCUUCUCUUAGAGGAAUCCAACGUUCAGCCUGUGUCAACCCCAGUGACAGUGUGUGGGGACAUACACGGACAGUUUUAUGACCUUUGUGAACUAUUCAGAACUGGAGGUCAGGUUCCUGACACAAACUACAUAUUUAUGGGUGAUUUUGUAGACAGAGGUUACUAUAGUUUGGAGACCUUCACUUAUCUUCUUGCACUAAAGGCUAAAUGGCCUGACCGUAUUACACUUUUACGAGGAAAUCAUGAAAGUAGACAGAUAACACAGGUGUAUGGAUUUUAUGAUGAGUGCCAAACCAAAUAUGGAAAUGCUAAUGCUUGGAGAUACUGUACCAAAGUUUUUGACAUGCUCACAGUAGCAGCUUUAAUAGAUGAGCAGAUUUUGUGUGUUCAUGGUGGUUUAUCUCCUGAUAUCAAAACACUGGAUCAAAUUCGAACCAUUGAACGGAACCAAGAAAUUCCUCAUAAAGGAGCAUUUUGUGACCUGGUUUGGUCAGAUCCUGAAGAUGUGGAUACUUGGGCAAUCAGUCCUCGAGGAGCAGGUUGGCUUUUUGGAGCAAAGGUCACAAAUGAGUUUGUUCAUAUCAACAACUUAAAACUCAUCUGCAGAGCACAUCAGCUUGUGCACGAAGGCUAUAAGUUUAUGUUUGACGAGAAGCUGGUCACAGUGUGGUCUGCUCCUAACUACUGCUAUCGUUGUGGAAAUAUUGCUUCCAUCAUGGUCUUCAAAGACGUGAAUACAAGAGAACCAAAGUUAUUCCGGGCAGUUCCAGAUUCAGAACGUGUUAUUCCUCCAAGAACGACGACGCCGUAUUUCCUUUGAGGCCUUCACCCAUCCUGCUGACCCAUUUUUCUGCCCCCUUCUUACCCCAACUUUCUUGUAUCCCCCUAUGAUAUACUUUUUAUUGAGCACUUUGCUGCUGAAAUGCUGCCUCUUGCCUUUUUUUUUUAAUUUUAAAUUAUCUAAAUUUAUUGUUUGUCAUGGUGUCUAUAGUAAUGUUUUUCUAUCAGUUUUCUUCCCCCAUCUCAUCCCCACCUUGGACUCAUUUGAGAAGACUUGAAAAAUGUCUUAAAACUCACACUGCUGCAUGUACCUCUUGCUUAUUUACUAGUCUGAGGAAACAGAAUGUGUUUCCUUUUUUAAAAAAACUAAUUGACAAUUACACCGAAAUACUCCUCUUUUUGUAUCAUUCAGCCUUUGUUUUAGUUUGGUAAGUUUUAAGAAAUUUCAGCAGCAAAGUUGUUAUUCAGUGGGCAUGAUGGACUAGAGAUGCCUUGAGUUAUGUAUACCUGCCCCAGCUGUAAACUUCAUUGUCCUUUGUUGGAUGAUAUUUUAAAAGGAUAUAAAAUAAAUUGGUCUAAAGGGCUGCCCUCCUUGUUGUGUUUUUAAAUUUAGUUAAAACUGCUACAGCUUAUGACUUUGUACAUUAUGAAAAUUGUAUUGAUCUUUUUUCAGAUUCCUUGUAUUUUUUAAUAAAAUAAUCUUAAAACCCAGAUAGGUUAAGUGUUAGAACUUUUAAACAGCUUACAUUGUUAUCUUAAAGUUACUCCUUUUUCUUUUUUUCUCUAAUCAGUUCUUGACCUUUUAGUUAUUAAGUUUAAAAUUUCAGUUGAAAUCCAGUAGUAUUUAUUUUUUAAAAAAUCACUAAACUGUGCCUAAAGAACAUAACUGCCAUAUUAAUGUUUUGGUUUAUAUCCUCUAUAGUAAUAGAAAAACAUUUAAUACUUAUAAUGCUGAUGUGUUCAUUUGUUACCAGUUAAGUGAAAUGUGACUGAUCCGGUUUACAAUCUAUCAUGAAUAUCAUUAAGUAAAAAUAUAUGUACUUUUCAAUAGGAGUCAUUCUUUUCUUGCUGUAACACUUGACCUUAACUUUUAGAAAGUGUUCAUUUUUUAACUGCAACUGGAAAGGUUGAAAAGCCUGGACUUGUAUUUGUGAACUGUAAUCUGAAGCAGAUUAUUUGAAGUGUAGAAAGAAACAGACUUCUUUUUUUUGUAAAAGUCUGUGAUACCCUAUUUUGGCUUUGUGUAAUUUGAAUAUCCAAAGGGUUGUGAUGAUCAGUUCUUGAUAUGCAAUUGUCCACUUAAUAAGGACAAGUGUUCCAGUAUCUCUUAUGGCUGUAGCCAUAAAAGAUGUUGGAAUGUACCAUUUUGUGAAAUAGUUGGUAUCCCUUCACUACUAUACUUAAUUUUUGUCAUCCCAGGAAAUCUGUGUGAAGCCAGCCAAUUAAUAAAGCACUUUAGCAUCUGUUCAGGUAGUUUUGAAACCAACUUUUCCCCUUCGGGAUAAAAACUUCCAGGUUACCUAAAAAUGCAAUAAAAUUGUAGUCUAAGCUUCUUGGCCCAUAAUUUUUCAUCAGGGUUUUCUUUUACUGAAUGAGCACAAUACUGUUUUGAUUUUAUUUUUCCCCAACCACUGAGCUCCUUGUACAGCUUUUAAUUGUAUAGCUAUGUGAAAGAAGCGGCUGAGAUUGCUGCAUACACUUGAACUAAUGUUGGGUCUGUAGCUCUGUGUUGCUGCCUUGACCGCAGUGUAAUUCAGGUGGAAAGGUAUUUGUAUCUCACAGGGAUUUGUAGCUAUGUAUUUUACUAAUUGUGAAACACUGGAAACUAAUGAUGCAGACAACUUGAUGUGGUCUUGGAACAGCUCUCUGCAGUAUUUGUUUUCCUAUUACCAUAAAUUGUAUUUAAGUGCUUGCCCGUCACUACUUUUGAGUUGUAGGAAUAAACCAGAAACCCUCAGGCCUGUCUUUCCAUUUGACACUCCUUCGCUUAGGUUUAUGUGACUGUUUUCAUUCUCCCUAUAAUGUGACUUUUUUUUUUUUUUUUGAUACCAGAGAUUGAACUCGGGACCUUGCACUUGUGAGGCAGGCACCAGAACCACUGAGCUAAAUCCCUGGCCCUCUUGUUUUAUAUUUUUAAAGUCAUAGCAGACUGCAUUUGUUUGUCACUAACUGGGCAUGUGCCAAUAAUCUGCCCACUCCUUAACUGCCAUCUCUCUUUUGCUUGAUUUCUCUUCAACUGAAUAAUGGCUUUUUGCAUGGAAAGAAAAUAGUUUUUACUAUUUAGAUAUGUAAAGGGAAGAGAGAGUGAAUGUAUUGGACUUUGUAAGCCUAAAAGGAAUAUUUGAAUCCCUCUAAUAAGGGCUAUGUAUUACAUAGAGAAAUCACGUGGUGGGAGAUACUUCCAAGUCAUAGAUUUGUAGGAGGAGGAUCUGUUACUCCCUGUAUCUAGGCUGAAUGUAAAUUCCCUUAUGUUGUAUUAAUGGGGGUAAGAACUAUUUUUAUUUGUCUACAAUAUACUUGGUUUCUAAUAAAAUGUCUUGGGCUCUAGUGAGAACUGUCUACUUUGAAUUGCCAUUUACUCCCUUUUCUUUUUGGCUGAAUUGCUCUUGGCUAGCUUUUGUAGGUUACUGUAUCACCUUGACAAAUCUCACUCCUUUAAAUGUCUUUGGGUGUGAUCCUGCCAAGCCUGGAUCAAGAGUACAUCUAAUGUGCAACCUGCGCCAAUCAGCUCCUAUUCUAUCUGGAUGUCUAGAACUGUUGGAAGAGUUUGAUGUCUUAAACCUUGAGUUUUUCUUUUGAAAUAAGGUUCGAAAUAUUGUUGAUUGCAUUGAGAUAUGUGUGUGUUUUUUGCUUUGUAAACCCAGCACCAGGUUUUGGAAAAUGCCUAUAUUGUGAAAGCAAAUCAGGACUCUUUCUGAGCCUCUGUCAUUGUCGGAAAUAGAUUUCGCUUUCCGUCAGCUUCCAGAAAAUUGUCAGAUUUAACAGCAAGAAUCCAGAUUUUUAAAUGUAAUUGUUUUUUAAAUGCUAAUGUUUGUAAAGCACCUUCAGUUCUUUGGAUGAAAGGUGCUAUAUUCCCUCUGUAAAUUAAUAAAAAGAUUAUAGGAAGUUUGUCAAAAAUAAUUUCAUCUAAUGCAUAGUCUGUAGUAUGUCCUGACAAGAAGUUAGCAUUUUAUGUAACGAAGAUUAAAAAAUGCUUAUUCCUUCAUGUGGUUGCUUGACUGGUACAGAAAAGUGAAACUUUGUUUUUGUUCUGCAUUUGCCUCUGGGCUGAGUGUUCAGUUCCUUAAAAGCAGUAAAGACCUGGGUCCAGUGCCUAGAGCCCUGCUUCAUAAGGUCAUAACAAUUUUCAGUUGUAUAUGUACAGUGCGCAGUAACGCUGAUGAAUCAUACAGUAAUAAAAAGAACCAGAAAACA